UGCUUUUGAGCAGCACUAACUUCCUGCUCUUUCAAAGCCUUUAUGCCCUGUACAAGCAAAUAUCGUCUAUAAUUUAACAAUUUAACAUAGAAAAAGUAACAAACAAGAAAUUUCCAGAGAAUGUUAAGCCCAGACGAAUCCGCAAAGUGCAAGGACUUCUUCAUCCCAUAAACCGAUGGAGUGCACGUCAACACCUACGCCACCCUCUCUGAGGUCGACACUGUGCGGAUGACCCAUGAGAUACUCGGGAUUAUCCGAGUUGCGUCCGCUUUCCAGCAGCCGUUCAUUCGUCCAGGGCGUUGGUUCUUCGGUUUGCACGGGCGAUACUAUUUGUUCCGAGACGGAUGAAACGGCUGGUGAUUUCUUGUUUUCGGUAUCAUAUCUCCCAGACUGCUCCAUGGUCGGAAUAAUGAAGGGUUCAACUGACAUGUAGGCUUCCAAUUCGAAUAACAGGGCUCUAGAGCCUAUACAAUCAGAACUGAAGCGAUGCGUAUGGCAAGGCCUGCAAUGCUAAAAGUUCGGGCAAUGAUGAAGAGGAAAUGUCAUAUGGCGAUAUUAAAAGGGGCAGCAUGAACGUAAAUUCGAACCACCGAACAUAUGUAGUGUUGUAAAUUGAAGUAAUGUUACAAUGCUGUUUUGUUGUUGCUGAAAAAUUUCCAAGCAACUGUAAUUACUGCUCACCGAUGCGAUGACGUAAUCCAUCUGCCAAAAGUACGUUCACUGCUACACUUGACCAUUAUUAUAUAAGUAUAGUGAGUACGUUAAUUAGAGGCUUUGGGUAGCGACUUUAAAAAUAAUAAUAAAAAUUGUCAAACUCCAAAAGAAACAAUGCGGGUUUGUGAUUUAACCUUUUCAGCUAUCUUAUUGAUGCAAUGCUGCCAUAAACGUGUUUGAUGAUUUUAUAGCAAUUAGAUUGGCAGUUAUUUCCUUUGCUGCAAAUGAUUUUAACUCUUUCUAAUUCCGAUUUUUAAGUCUGGUUUCGACUUGCGAUACAACAAUUCGAAUAGUAAAACUGCAAAAAAAACAGAAACCACUUCAUAUACAGUACUCGUAUAAACUGGAAUAGAAUUGAUUUCAAAAGGAACAUCUGCAUGAAAAUUAGAACCUCUAAUCUGCCCCAUAAUGCCCAACAAUAAAGUUGGCACCGCUGUGAGAAAGCAUGGAAAAGCCAUCAAGCGAACCCUCAUUCCCACCGAUGAAGCCGAAGAGGGAAAUCAGACCAAGCUUGGUGCCAUGGAAGAGAUCGAGUGGGGAUGGCUGGCUCACGAGCGACGGGAGCGGCGUAUUUACUGGUUCAAAUUAUGGGAUGGGGUCAUGGCUGCCGGCUCCGUAUUGCACGUUACUGUCAUAUCCUUUUGUGCGGCAUUCAGUCCGUACGAUAUUGCUCUGUUAAUUUUGGGCUAUGUUUUGGAUGUAUUCAACUGCGCCGACUUUAUUGGCAAGGUCACUCGCUUUUACGCCCAUGAUCUUCGCAAUCCUGAGAUGCGGAAAGGAAAAUCACGAUUGGACUGGUACAUGCACACCUAUAUGAUCGUCGAUCUCCUGGCGAUUUUACCAACGGAUAUCGUCUGUGUGGCCGUAGCCAGCACAAAUACAAUGCCGGUGUUGGCGUUCCUUAGGUUGAAUCGGUUAUUAUGUGGCUAUCGCGGUUUCAGGUACCUUGGAUUUCUGGAGUCCCACGUCGGCGCAAAUAUGAUCAUUAUACGCAGUAUAUACUACACGGUAUUAUCGUGGAUGACUCUCCACAUGACGGCUUGCAUCUGGUAUUUGAUCCCGUGUUCAACAUGGAGUAAUAUUCGCGACGGUAUGAACCUCUGCUCAGCACCAUCAUGGAUCUAUUCUGGUGGCACGUCCGCGGAUGACAAGAUCACUCACCCAGAGUACAAGAUUGCCGUUCCCAAUCGUAACAUUUACGCAGGCACAUUCGAUCAUGGUUUGGGAACAACCGACUUUGUCCACAUCAAUGCAACGAUUUCGGAGAUCUACAUGUACUCGUUAUACUGGACCAUUACUACCGCUACCACUACCGGUUUAGGCGAAGUACAUGGAAUUUCCUUGAGCGAGAAGUUCUUCGCCCUCUGCACUCAGUUGGUUGGUACGCUCGUCUUAUUUGGCAUCAUCCAGGGCGGCGUGACCUCCAUGCUUACCAAUCUUGACGUGAAUCAGUUUCGCUACAAAAUGCGUGUAGCCGCUAUUACGAACUACUUGCGGGAUCAGAAUCAACCCAGUGAGCUAGUGCGAGAAGUGAACAACUUCUACCGCUAUUUGUGGGAACGAAGCCGCGGUAUGUCGAGCUCUGGACUCUUCGAUCAGCUGCCUUUUGCCUUGCGUUCUGAAAUCUCUUUGGAGCUAACUGGAAAAAUCUUUGAUAAAUCACCGCUAUUCCAGAAUAUCAACGCUAGUUUUCUACGAAUGCUUAGCCUGAAGUUCCGUCCCAUGCUAGCCUUACCCGAUCAGAUUGUCAUGAAGAAAGGCGAACUGAGUAACCUCAUGGUGUACGUGCAGAAAGGUCACCUUGAAGUUCUGAGCGAUGAUGAGAACGAAGUGCCGAUACUUCUGCUGAAACCAGGCAAGGUAUUUGGGGAAAUUAAUUUAAUAACUCGUAUGCCGAGAAAAUACUCCGUCCGGGCAAUUGCACACUGCGACUUAGUGAUCCUGCGAACCGAAGAUCUAAUGGCGUGUCUGCAAGCAUAUCCAGAAAUUGCGGAAGAACUACGGCGGAGGGCAGAAGAACGAGCAGGCAUGAGUCAGCAACAAACACAGGAAGGUAUUCUCGCCGGCAGCGACACGAAUGAGUCAGCGCGUAUGAAAAAGCAAGAGAAAGACCUGGCCACCAAACUGGAGGAGCUGACCCCGAAAAUGGGCACCAAUAUCCGAUCGUUAAUGUCAGCCAUGAAAAUUCGGCGACCGCAGGAAAGACUGCGCGUGUCCGAAUCGAUGGAACUGUUCAGAAUUCGAGAUCCCAUGGACGAAUUGGUGGAUUUCCAUACGAGUGCUUUCAAAGGACGAAUAAUUGCCCGGUACCAUCAUGCCAAGCAGACUUUCUUGGAUUUCAGCCUAGAUCCUGACGGAAUAUUUUUGUAUUUUUGGGAUCGCUUUAUUGUGGCUAUGAUCUUGUGCACCUUCAUUGUGGGUACAUACUCAGCCUUUUUCAAGAGUUACAACAAUCUUUUGGAUGACACUGGUGGUGCCGGAAUUCUUGUCCUCGUGUACUUCAUCGAUAUCGUAUUAUACAUCGAUUUCGCUGUUGGUUUCCUCACCCAGAUAAUCACGCCAAACGGAAAUAUUUCCAAUCAUCGUGCUAUGGCAUUCAGUUAUUUGGGGUCUUGGUCAUUUUGGGUGGAUGUUCUAGCCAUCAUUCCGAUGGAAAUUUUUACCGUGGCGUUGCAACAAGAUCCCACCGAAAGCGAUGCGGACUUUUAUGAACGACAGAUGCACUAUUUUGGGUAUUUGCGACUGAAUCGUUGUAUUAAAGCAUUCAAACUUCCGAAAUUUUUCGACCGGCUAAGCGAUGAGCUGGCAACAUCCAUGGCCACCAUCCGGACCAUCAAGUUCUGUAUCUACAUCAUAUUAAGCAGUCAGUUGGGUGCUUCCAUUUUGAUUGCCGGCACGUGCUCACCGGAGCACUGCCCCACUGAUCCGGCAGAAUCAUGGACCGCGGCCGAUCCACCCAAUAUCACCAUUGACUUCACUUUUGAUUACCGUUAUUCGGCUGCCAUGUAUUAUGCAGUUACGCUUCUGACCAGUGCCGGCUAUGGGGACAUUUUCCCUCGAAACCUGUUGGAACAGUUUCUAGCCAACGUGGUCAUGCUGAUAGGAAUGCUCAUGUACGGCUACUGCCUGGCUGUUCUUACGGCAACUUUGGCUAAUCUGGAUGGGCCGCGGGUGGAAUUUCAGGAGAGGCUGUUCGCUCUGAAGGGUUUCAUGGAAUAUAACAGGAUGGCAGAACUGGUGAAACGACGAGCAAUUGACUCGGUAGCGCUGUUAUGGACAAUCAGCAAGGGUGAAGACAUCCCAGGUGUGAAAAGCAUGACUGCAGAUUUGCCAGAGCAUUUGACAGAAGAGAUUCAAGUCGAGGAUCUCAUCCAUUUGGUGGCUGGUGUUCCGAUUUUCAAGAACAUCGAGGAGAAUAUCUUAAAAAACUUUGCGCCGGCUGUUAGAAGAUAUUUGUUCCCGCCAGGCGAAUACAUAAUUCAGCAUGGUGACUUAAUUAACGAGCUCUUCGUGAUUCGUCGUGGAGUAUGUCAGAUUUUUCAUCCAGAACAACCCAGUAUGGUUAUCAGCGAACUAUAUCCCGGAAUGUAUUUUGGAGAAAUUGGGUUUUUAUUCAAUCACAAUGAGAUUGUCAGCGUUAAAACAAUCACUCACUGUGAAGUUCUAACCAUUCCCCGUCCGGCAUUUGAUAAGGUGGCAUCGUCUGUCAAAUGGUUCUCGCAUCAAAUGAAAGUCAUUGCACAUGAUCAAAAGUACUAUGCCGAUAUGUGCGGCGCAGCACGACUAGCAAAAGCGUUAUCCAAGAAGCGCCGAGAGGAGUCUCCCGUCAAAAUGAGCGAGACUCAAAAACGGCGACUUCGCUUCCGCGAUGACUUUAACUCAUUGAGCGUUCACCCGUUGACCAUGUAUCUUUAUCGCCUUUUGAUGAACCGCACUAUUUCUGUGGAUGGACGGUUUCUCUAUAUCUGGGAGCAAAUCCGUUUGAUAGAAGCAACGGUCAUUUUUGUCUUGGUUUUAAUGCAAGUCACUUACCAGCUCUUCGAUCUUUGGUUGUUCGUGAUCUUAUACCUGUGCGACAUUUAUGCGUUUGUGGACAUUUACAUCAAGUUCCACGUUCAGUACUUUAACGAGACCAACAUCUUGGUCACACAUCCGUAUAUGACCGCGAGGCGCUACCUGCGCUCCAGUUUUUGGAUCGAUCUAUUGGCAGCGUUUCCUUUUGAGCUGGGCUUACUGAUGACCGGCGGAGGAACACUUCUAAGAACGGACCUGUUACACGCUGCUGUUUAUUUGCGAAUGAACCGGAUACUGCAAGUGUACCGAGUACCCCAGGCUUUCGCUUUCUAUGAAUCCGAUAUAAAAAAGGACCAGUCAACCACAUUCUUAAUAAAAUUCCUCAACUAUUUUAUUUUGUUCGUAAUGUUUGCUACGGCGAUGCCGUAUACAGUGCAGUGCACACCAUCAACUUGUGGAUUCAACGUUACUUCAUGCAACACUACAACGUACGACAACGGAUCAGUGAUUUUUAACGAAACGUCAAAGGUCUGUAUGGACUCUUCAUAUUUAUCACUAGCUGGUAUCAAUAGUACGACGUUGCCCUGGGAUCAGUUUGUCGGGGGAUUCUACUGGGCCAUUACUACUGUAACCGUUGUUGGGUACGGCGACAUCCGUGCCACGAAUGAGUCGGAACAUUUCAUAUUCCUUUCCACCAUGAUUGCUGGGUAUAUCUUCUUCAAUUACAUCAUCGCCAGUAUUGCUGCUGCACAAGCCAAUUCCGAUGCGCGACGUUCUCGCUUUUUCGACCGCUUGAAAUGUAUCAAACAGUAUAUGCACCACGAGCACUUGUCGAAGAAGUUAAAGCACAGAAUCGUUCGAUAUUACGAAUAUCUGUGGCUACGUACCCACGGAAUUGAUCCGCAGACUCUGAUUGCCGGUUUGCCGCCUUCUCUAACAUCGGAAUUAGCGUUGCAGCUUUACCGCAAGGUGAUCGAGCAAGUAUCAAUUUUCAAGAACACACCAACUGGUUUCAAGAAAAUGCUGGCGACCAUAAUGAAGCCGCUGUACGUAAUGGAAGGGGAGUAUGUCAUCCGUCAGGAUGAUGUCGGAACAGAUUUGUUUUUUAUGUACCGAGGCAGCAUUGAAGUGCACUACAGUAGCGGAUUUAAAGCGCCACAGCAAAUUCGUUCAGGCCGGAUGAUUGGAGAAGUUGCCUUUUUCCGUAAUGAAACGUCCCGGUUGAGUUUUCGGGCAGCGGAGAACAGUGACCUUUAUUACGUUACUCGAGCCGAAUUCGAUGCAAUUCUAGAGCACUUUCCUGAUGUUAAAGCAAAGUUGGUAGAAGAUAUUCUUUCCAAUCUCACGGCCGAGGAUGACCAGAAGAAUGCAGCUGGGAAGACUGCUGCUCAAGCCCGGCGUCAUCGAUUUCGAGAUUCAUUGGCUGCUGUGCGGAAGAAGAAAGUACCCACUAGUCAAAGGUUGCGCUUGAUGACUAAACAUAUUUUCCGAUCGGACGACAAGUACAUCCGAUACUUCAGCAAGUAUUUUGUUAAUAUGAUUCGCAUGAUUCUAUCGAUGCUAAUAAUGUACCAAGUGGCGUUUACUGAUCGGUCAUAUGCAGUACACUACGUCUUAGAAUCGGUAUUUCUUAUCAAUAUCAUUGCGAAAUUUCGAACUGGCUUUCUGGAUGAAUUCGGAAACGAAGUACUCAACCCAAAGAAAAUUCGCCAGCGUUAUUUAAAGCACGGUAUUUUGGUUGAUCUGUUGAUAUCUUUUCCAUAUGAAGUCUUCAGUUUGGCUGCACCAGUUGACAUUCGCGGAAAAGUAUGGGCAUAUUUGAGACUGCUUAAAGUACCGCCAAUGGUGUACCGUGUGCUGAUAUUUUUCCACGGUUGGUUGGCGGAGUUAGAUAUCAGUAUUCUCUUUGUCCGCUUGACCUAUUCCUUCACGCAACUAUUGUUUUGGCUGCAUUUCUUCUGCUGUGUGGCUUAUUACAUCGCGUGUCCGGAUGGAAACUGUGAUUUUCAGAAUGCAUGGACAAAUAAGGUCAACCUGGAAAACAGCAAUCCCGGUAGCCGCUACAUUGUCACUUUAUACUGGAUCACGACAACCGCCACGACAGCCGGUUAUGGCGACAUUGUCCCCACGACAAAUUUAGAGAGGAUCUUCAUCUGUAUUGUCCAAGUGGCGGGAAAGUUUUUGUUCGGUAUAAUUGUGGGGGAUAUUGCCUCCACCUUGGCCAACCUUGAGGUCAGCCGGCAGAACUUCGAAUCCCGCUUUCAAGCCAUUAAGACUUACCUGUUAGACCAGCAAGCUAAUAGCACAAUCAUCGACCGAGUACAAAAAUAUUUCGAUUAUCUGUGGAAAACGGACAAAGGUGUGGAUGAUAUCAACAGUGUUCUGAAUGAUGCGCCAUUCUGCUUGCGAGCGGAGAUCUGUUUCGCGGUACAUCAACGGGAUCUGCGAGAACUACCACUUUUUCGAGAUGCAUCGGAUGCGUUUCUCCGGAUGAUUAGCACAUGUUUGCACCAAGUGCAAUUUGUGCCCGGGGAUUACGUUAUUCAGCAAGGCGAUUUAGUGGAGGAGAUGUACUUUCUCCAUCGCGGCGAAGUGGUGGAAGUGGAGAGCGGUGUGGAGAUUGGAGUGUUGCGGAGAGGAAGCAAUGUUAAUUGGCAGGCGCUGCUUAUCGAUUGGCCGGCUUCUCGUACUGUGCGAGCCACCGACAACUGCGAAGUCUAUGUUUUGACAAGAACCGAUCUUGAGAAGGUGGUAUCGAAGUAUUCCGCUCAAAUGGGCCACAUAUGCAUGACGAAUCGAAUACGAUUAAGGGAUCUUUUGGAAGAAGAAAAAGUGGAAUUGGAUUAAUUGAAAGUGCGGUUAUGGGUGGAUGUUAUUUCGGAGCAACUGCACCUUCUUUCACAAUUUUACUCUUUUUGCUUGUGUUUAAAAAUUUUAUCACUGUAAUGCACGCAAAAAUACUAAUAAACGAAACUGAUUUUUGUGAGAACUUUCUUUUAAUAACACAGUAAGUCACCAGCCAUACAAACAAACAGAGCGAAAACGACUGCCAGU